CAGUAACCCUGAGGCUUAAAGUUAAUGUUCUACCAUCUCUUACCCUGCAGCUGAUGAACAGCACUAAUGUCUCCUGUGUGGAGCUGCUCUGCUCUCUGCAGGGUUUGAGACCACAGCAGGUGAACUUCACAUGGACCAGAGCAACUCAGCUUCUUCACCAUCAUCCAGAGUCCAGAAGCAUGAACAGUACACUGACGCUCUGCAAGCCGAACUGGACGGACAGAGAAACACUCACUUGUCACGCCAGUUACUCACACAACCACACACUCUACAGCAAGAGCAUAACACUCCCAUGCAACUCAGCCAGAGGUGAUGGUGGCAAGGAAAAGCUCCCUGAGACAUUUUGCAGAAGAAACCUUGAGAGGAACCAGACUCAAAAGGGAAUCCAUCUUCAUCUGAGAUAAGAGCAGCACAUCAGGUCAUCUUGACAGUUUUCGUCCGUUGGCGGUCGGCGCCCUCUGUUGGUAGGGAAUCGUAAAAUCGCUGCCGGAGCACUUCUGGUUGGAAGCACUUCCAAACUCAAGAGGUUCAGUUGUGCGGUUUAUAUGGCACUGCUUUGUUCUUCGAAGUUUACUAUCAAUGUCUCACUGCACGCCGUCGUCAGUGAUGGGAUUGUUACAUCUGAACUUGUCUCACCUUCUCAGGUUUACUCAAUCAACAACACAAACUGAAACAAAUGUAUCUGCUACAAACAAAGAGGUUUUGAUGACGUUAGAAAUGCCAUUACUAUGGUGUAACACCAGAUAUUACUCCUUGCUGCUAGCAGAAGUCACAAUCCCCCAAAUUCUACUGCAACCUCUGUCAGCCACUUCUAGGCCACAGUAUACUGCAUAUACCCAUCAAGUUCAGCAACACAAAAUCUUGCCAACCUUGUGACUGUGUAAAUUAUGAACCUUGUAUUUCUCCUGAUUUUGUAUGUUGUGUCUAACUGCUCCCUGUUUAUUCUUGAGCUUACCCUUUACCCUGGUUAUACUGUGUCUUUUUGUGUUUUCUCUGCUUGUAUUUUGAGUGUUUAUCUAUUCUGAGCUCGGUUUGUGAUUUUAAGUUUCUAUUCCUCAACUUUAUAAUAAAAUGCCUCUGAACAUGUUAGAAUAUACUUUCCAUCUGAAUCUAGUUUUUUACUGAAGAGCUUGCUUCCUAUUGUCGAUCUAAUGUAGGUUUGGAAAUCUAAAGUCAGCUGUUACUUAUUAACUGGGUUAAGCUUGUACUUACUAAACUCAAGUUACCACAGCAAUACAUAGAACCAUCUCCGUGGAAAACAAAAUAUUAUAGUGGACUUCCUUGAACAAUUACAUCACAGGAUAUGCGUAAGCAUGUCUUGGUUGUGCACAAUCUGGAGCCUCCUGCCAUCUGCCCGCAAUGCAGUGUGAAACUACCCUUGCCACAAUGUUCCUCAUUCCACAUAGUCAUUAACCUUAUCACAUGUCUGCCAGUGUCCCACGGUUUCACCACAAUACUAAUCAUUGACUGUUACCCCUGCCAAUCCAGUUGAAGCUCUGGUAGACAGGAGUGGAUGAGGAUGAGUCAAUGGACCUGUGAAGUGGUACAUGUCUGAUUACAACAAACAGCUCUAGGACCAAAUUUCCAAAAGGACAAGACAUGCAGACUGCAUCCACAGCUACACUCAGGCCAGAUGGUCUGGUUGUUCACCAAGGACCUUCACCUGAGACUUUUAUUAAAGCAAGUUAAGUCAAUGAUUCAAUAUUCCUUAGACAAGUCAAUCCAGUUUCAAACCACCUUGAAUUACCAUCAUCCUUUAGAAUAGCCCCUACAUGUCACAUAAAGUAUCUGUGGUUAAAACUGUUUUCUUCUCCCUGGAGCAAGUUGUGGUUGAGUGUGAUAGAAUUAAAUAAAGACAGUAUGAAGGGUCUGUUUUUCUGUCACAGACUUCCUGUGUUCUCAUGAACUUUACAUUGCAAGUCCACCCCCGCGUGUAAAGAGUGAAAAGUUGCCACUAAACCUAUUUGUGUUGUUAUCUUAUGUGUCAUCUCAUGUAAUGUAAUAAUUGCACUUCUGUUGAUACACUUAAAAUAAUCUUGGUUUCAGAUCUCUGUCAAAUGGAAAGUGAUCCUAAGCUAUAAAAAUUUUGAUCUUCAUCAGUACAAACAAGGUCAUUAAAAAUAUGCCCAGUGCUUCACAAUAUUGAAAAUAAUCAGAGAAAUGUAUAUGUAAUGUAACUUCUAUUUAAAGAAUAAAUGACCACUUUAGGCCUGUCUAUAUUAUAUAGAAGAUUAAUGUUUGAUUCAGCCCUUUUCUGGAGAUUCAAGUGAUUCAAUUUACAGAAUUUUUCUUGUAGAGUUUUUCAGAUUUUGCUGUACAGUGAAUGUGUCCUGCCAGAACCUCAUAUUAAGAUGUACCGUAGUUGACAUAGUUGUUUGGAUUAAAACAUUGCUAUUGAUGCUUGGAUUCAGAAAAUUCAACACAGUUGUAGCUGUAAACAAACUGGUACUGAUUUUCAAACUGCUACCUUAUUUGACAAAAAGGAAACUGUAGCCACAGACUUGCCUUACAGUUCACAGCUCGGUUUUAUUUCAGGAUGUAUAAGACAGAAUGAUCACAGCAGUGGAUACGAACAGGGUGCAUAUUCUGCAGUGUGAGAUGGUAUCAGUAGGGAAGUGCUGUUUUGUCUGGUCUGUGUGGAUGCUUCUAUUAUUUCCCUCAGCCAUAAACACACAGAAUUGCACUGAAUUGAAUACAACACAGACAGUUCAUCGGGGAAUGUCAGUCACAGUCAGCUGUCAUUACAGCACAAAUAGCAGUCUACAUUCUGUUGUAUAUUUCAGAAGAAAACAUUUACUGUGUUACUACCGCUUCCUACAAAAAUCCUGGAUUAAAGCAUCAUGUGAAAGCCACAUCAAAUUUAUUUGGUUUCAAGAAAAAGAGGAAAUAGCAUUUGAGCUGUUAAAUCUUCAAAUAAGUAAUUCUGGCAUUUACACCAUAACUGUGGAAGAGCAUGCACCACCUCCUUCAAGAUGUGUGGGACAGAAGAGGAUAUUCAUUCAUGUAAUUGCACAUCCAUUAGUGUCUAUGUCAUGUGUAAAGGGGCCUGACAGAGCUGCCACAAUGCUUUGUGCUUCUGAAGGCUUUUACCCUGCUGAUCUGCAGCAGGUCUGGUUGAGAGAUGGAGAAUAUAGCAGUUACCUGAACCUUUCACAUACAUCUCCAUAUGAAGAAAAUCUGAACACUUCUGACAUCAACUGGACCUAUAGAAACAACACAGAUGGAUCCUACAGCAUCACAUCGUACCUUCACUUGCCAUCACACACACUACAGAAAGUGAUGUACUACUGCUGGGUGAAUCACUCAACCCUGAGUCAACCCAUCACUGUUACCAUAUCCUCUACUGAGUGCACUGAGAGAGAAGAGAAAUUAACAGAUUUGUUUUCAGCAAUUGUCGGUAUCAGUUGCGGUGUGAUGGCUGGCAUAGGACUAAUCCUUUCAGGCUGUUAUCAAUGUCUCAGAAGAAGACUUGAUUUGCAGUCUCCAGUAGGAGCUUCAUCACUGCCUGAGCUUGUGUCCCAUUCUGCAGCGCAGACCCAGGUAUACUCAACACUAGGAAACCAUCGGCCUGUUCCAUGUUCCAGCCGCACCACAUCUCCCUCUCAAUGACACACUAGGAAAAACAGUUUGACAUCUGUACUAAAUAAAGGCAAAUCAUAUCUAUAUACUGUAGUUGCAUGUAUUGUUAUUUAUAAACCAGCUGGUAUUUGAGACACUUGAAUAUAAUGUGAAUAAACCUCAAAU